CAUAACGGGCCAAUUUUGAGAGGCCCAUUUUGUUUUCAAAUGAGCUAACCGAAUCCAUAUUCGGGCUGACUAGUUAUAAGAAAAUUCAAACCCCUGACCACAAGCGAUCUAGGGUUUUUCAGUUUCGCUGCCACUGCAGUCUGCACCUUCAACUGAAGUUCUCCCAGAAAACAUGCCUAAGCAAAUCCAUGAGAUCAAGGACUUCCUUCUCACUGCUCGAAGGAAGGACGCACGGUCUGUGAAAAUUAAGAGGAGCAAGGAUGUCGUGAAGUUCAAGGUUCGGUGCUCCAAGUAUCUUUACACACUCUGUGUGUUUGACUCUGAGAAGGCCGAGAAGCUGAAGCAAUCCCUCCCACCAGGUUUGAGCGUGCAGGACCUGUAGAAGCCAGUGGCGGAUGUUUACUAUAGUCAGAUGUUGGCUUUUCUUGAUUUCUGCAUUGUUCUCCUUUUGAAUCAUUUGGUUGUUAUUUUGAAUUGAUAUUGAAGCCAUGGAUUUGUAUGGGCUCAAUUUUGAGGAGUUAGUUAUCAAUUGAAUUCAUCUCUGUGGAUCUCCCUCUCUACAUUGAUGUUUUGCAUUUCGUUCUAA